AGGUAAGUGGAUAAUGCAUCAUGUGCUUCACAAGCAUUGUUCACUCAUCUCAGCACUUUGGAUCAGGCGUGAUUGAUCAAUGACAACCACUUGAUAAUACAAUGCUAAUGCUACACAUCAAGAACGCCAUUGACCCAAAUAAGAGCUUCCGUCGCUUAUGCGUUGACGCAGUUAAAGGUGGUCAAGCUAUAGUAUCCGCACUCAUUCGUCGUCGUCUUCCAGGCCUUGCAGUCGCCGCACACGCGGUUGACCGUAACUCUACACAGAGAGGCGCUGCCGUAGCCGUUGGCGCCGCGCCAGUCAGAGGUCGUCAGGCCGCGGUCCGCGCCGGAGAUGCGGGCCGAGACGGUAGAGCCAUACUCGAUGGGGUUGGCGUACUUGUCAAACUUGGCCGUGCACUGGCAGUCCUGCGCGGCGGGGCAGUUGCCGCGAGCGACCAGCUCAACGUUCUCAGCGGCAGGCGCACUGGGAGCAGCGUAGGCAGUGGAGAAGAGGGCAAUGGCCACGGGGACGAGCAAGAACUUCAUGUUGGAGGGAAUAUAGUUUUGAAAGACUGAAUUGAAGUUAGAGAGUUGAGUGGCUAGUGAGCCAGAGAAUGAGUGACUGGCG